AAAUAUCACUCGCCGACACACCUUCGUUAUACCACUGUUACCAGAAAUCACCCCAGUCUACACCCUUCCGGACUCGUCAGUGAUACCACACCCAGCGCGCACACACGUCAUGGGGAAGUGCAUCGCUUACGUCGCCGCCGCCGUCGUCUUCACGGGCCUCGGGGCGCUCAUAGCUGGUCUGGCUGUGUGGUACGCCGUGCCCGAAGUAUCCGAAAAGUUUACGUCUGAGAGCCGACUGGCCAAGUGCGUCCUCGAGUCUUCCUCAGGAGUUUCCGGCACCGUGAUGUUCCGCGAGAGCUCUGAGCCGGCGCCCGUGGACAUCACCGGGAACAUCACAGGACUCACCCCAGGCAAGCACGGCUUCCACAUCCACGCCUUCGGGGUCUCGGGCACCGACUGCAAGGCCGCCGGCGGGCACUACAACCCCUUCGAGAACAAGCACUCCUCGCCCAACGCCACCGAGCGCCACGUCGGGGACCUCGGCAACAUCCUCGCCGGGGACGACUCCGUUGCCUACGUUGAUAUUCUUGACGACAAGGUGACUCUGUUCGGCUGGUACUCCGUGCUGGGUCGUGCCGUGGUCGUCCACGCCGGCGAGGACGACCUGGGCCUCGGAGGGAACGACGGGUCCCUCUCCACGGGCAACGCAGGGGGGCGUGUGGCCUGCUGCACCAUCUUCGCCGUCCCUGAGUAGAGAGGGAGGGAGAAGGGGGAGGGAGGGAG